UUUUUGAAACGAGCGCGUAUGAUUUCUUAUCCUUUUGCUCCCUCCAGCACUAAUAAUCUCCGAGGUCAUAGCAAGAAGGUUCACAAACCGUGAUCUAAUAAACUUAAUUUGGAAUCCCAUUUUUCUCAUGGAGUUGCCAAUGACUGGGACGCCUUACCCGAACAAGUGGCAUCAGCCCCAUCAGUGAACAUUUUCAAGGAGAAGCUGAACCUUCAUUGGAAAGCAAUGUGUCAAGUUUAAUACAGGUUCACCAACCUACUAUCCUUACUACUGAAGACUGAAGCAUUUUGAUUUGACCUCUUCUGUAAAAACUUACAAAUUGUCGGUGAUGCACUAAUGGUUAUACGACGGUUUGACCUUCAAGAGCUCAGCGACCUCUAUUAAUGGACAAUGACAUCGGACCGUUGCUUGAAUCUAAUGUUACUAUCUUUAUUAUUCUGGGAUUUGAUUUAACAAUUUCAUCCUUCUGUGCUGACGAGGUACAUCUAUUUUCGUAUGAAUCCUGUUCGCAUCUGUUCAUGGAAUAUAAAUGGGUUGCGCUCUAUUCAACGUCCUUUGAAAACUACUUUAGAUUCUCUUAAAUCUGAUAUAAUUUGUAUUCAGGAGACUAAAACCACACCUGAUAUAAGUAGGGAAUUCGCACUUGCGGAUAAUUACAAUGGUUAUUUUAGUCAUAGUAUACACAAGACAGGAUAUUCAGGUACUGCGGUUUUUUGUCGUAAUCCUCUCAAGCCAACUAAAACAUUCCAUAACUUAAAUGAUAUACUUGUCGAAUCCAUUUCCUGCCGCAAUAAUCCAACGGAUGGAUGGAGUUUUCUCAAAACGAAACUAAAUAUCACUCAUACUGAAGCUCGUAACUUGGAUGCAGAAGGAAGAGUACUGGGUCUCCAGUUUUCUACUGAUAUAUUUACCCCCUUUCGAAUUCCAGACGAAAAACGGCCGCUGAUUGUGUUGUCCAUAUAUUUUCCCAGGUUAAAUCCAGAAAACGUUGAACGUUUGAAUUACAAACAUCUUUUCCAGUCUGCUGUACAACUUUGCAUUGAAUCACUUCUAGUAGAAAACAACGUAGUUAUUGCUGGGGACUUUAAUAUUUGUCACAAAAUGAUCGAUCAUUGUGCUCCAGACGAAUUUAUGAUGGAUGAGUCUUCAAAAUCUUUUCGCCAGUGGUUUGAUCGGUUGUUGAUUGAAGAACAGAAAGAUCUAAGUCUUAAUACUCAAAUCAGUGUUGGCUUAAGAAGAUUCGUGGAUAUCUUCAGGCUACUCCAUCCUCAUCGAGAAAAUGCUUUUACAUGUUGGUCGUCGCGUACGAAUGCUCGUCAAACAAAUUAUGGAGUCAGACUGGAUUAUAUUUUAUUCGACAUGAAACUUGUGGAGAUUAUCACCACCUUAUCAGAUAGCAAUAUACAAGCAGACUUGAUGUCACAUAUAAAUGGAUCUGAUCAUUGCCCAAUAUAUGCAGAUCUACCAUAUUUUUACAAUUCAGAUUUUAUUUUCUCCUAUUCAUUUCCACCUAAAUGCUCUCAUUACUGGCCCCAAUGUCAGAGAAAGCAAAUGGACUUAGUGAGCUUCGUAAUGUCAAAGAGUCAUUCCAAAGUAACUAAACAAGCUUUUACUUCUCAUGACACACAAGCUUCCGUAUCCUGUGUAAGAAAUUCGCAUUCCAAAGAGAAACGUCUCGCUUUCAGGCAAACGAAAAUCACCUUUAGGGGUGAAAAUCAGAUAAUGUCCUUGAUUCAUUUUUGUGAUUGUUAUAUGCCUAUGACGGAGAAUCUUAUUUUUGAGGGAUCUAAGUAGUUAUUUUCUAUCAAACAUAGUAAUUUCUCCAUUUCCCUACUAUUUGAGUUGCACAGAUAAAGAGUAACCGUAGAUAUCUUUAAAUACACUUGAUAACUGAAUCCAACAUUAUUUAAAACAAUUUUGAUAAUUUAAUGAGAAAACUGCUGUAUUAUCAGCCAAUUCAUACGCUGUUUUUUAUCAGAGUCUAUACCAAUCGAGACGGCUACAUGUAUACAUGAUCAAUUUUCAAGUAAAGAAAAUACGACUGAAACUCUCCAAAGAAAAACUUACGACCCAUCUCAAACAGCUCAGUCAACUGAAGCAUGGCGAAAUCUUUUUUCAGGGCCGAAGAAACCUCCUGUAUGCCUUGGCCACAAAGAACCUUGCGUCAUGAGGACUGUGAAAAAUUUAAAAACAACUAAAGGUAGUCGACUCGGCAGGCGGUUUUGGGUUUGUGCACGCCCUCAAGGCGCUUCAAACAAUCCAGCUGCCCGGUGUAGCACAUUUUUUUGGGAUGACCAAAUACCAAAAAAUAAGUUACUCUAGUAGCAGUUUUGUAUUAAGAAUUAAAAUCAAUUUUAAAUUAUGUAAAAAGAGAUUAAAGAUAAUAUCA